AUGUUCACAACCUCCUUUAUUGUGUUGAAGCCCUUCUCAGCAAGUUCUCAUGAUAAUUUACACUUUUAUAUCACAGGGCUGGGAGAAGGUUCUGCUCUUCUUCACCCGGACAGCAGGUCCCACCCUCGGUCCUUGGAGAAGAGUGCAUGGAGGGCUUUCAAGGAGUCACAGUGUCAUCACAUGCUGAAACACCUUCACAAUGGAGCACGGAUCACUGUGCAGAUGCCUCCCAAUAUUGAGGGACACUGGGUCUCUACUGGCUGUGAAGUUAGAGCAGGCCCAGAGUUCAUCACAAGAUCUUACAGGUUCUACCACAAUAAUACAUUUAAGGCCUAUCAGUUUUAUUAUGGUGGCAAUCGCUGCACAAACCCUAUCUACACAUUAGUUAUACGUGGCAAAAUCCGUCUCCGCCAAGCAUCCUGGAUCAUCCGAGGGGGUACAGAAGCUGAUUAUCAGCUACGCAACAUACAGAUCAUAUGCCACAAUGAAGCAGUAGCCAAAAAAUUAAGCGAGUUGGUGAACCAUACGUGUCCUGGAUUUAUACCAGAAGAUAGUCCCUGGGAGCAGGAUGUGAGCUACGAUCUGCUGAGAGAGGAGAAUGGCUGUGAAUGCACCAAAGCUCUGAAUUUUGCCAUGCACGAACUCCAGCUGAUCCGUGUGGAGAAGCAGUACCUGCACCACAAUUUAGACCACCUUGUGGAGGAGCUAUUUCUUGGAGACAUUCAUACUGAUGCUACUCAGAGGAGGUACUAUCGGCCCUCUAGUUACCAACCUCCUCUUCAAAAUGCCAAGAACCACGACCGCACAUGCAUCGCCUGCAGAAUCAUCUACCGGUCAGACGAGCACCAUCCUCCCAUCUUACCCCCCAAGGCAGAUCUGACCAUAGGGCUACACGGAGAGUGGGUGAGCCAGCGCUGCGAGGUGCGACCAGAGGUCCUCUUCCUCACUCGGCACUUCAUCUUCCAUGACAACAAUAAUACCUGGGAAGGUCACUACUACCACUACUCUGACCCCAUCUGCAAGCACCCUACCUUCACCAUCUAUGCCAAGGGACGCUACAGCCGGGGAGUGCACUCAUCAAAAGUGAUGGGUGGCACGGAGUUUGUUUUCAAAGUAAAUCACAUGAAGGUCACUCCUAUGGAUAUAUCCACAGCCUCUCUGCUCAAUGUCUUCAAUGGGAAUGAGUGUGGAGCACAGGGGUCCUGGCAAGUUGGGGUUCAGCAAGAUGUCACCCACACGAAUGGCUGCAUUGCGCUUGGCAUCCGGCUACCUCACACCGAGUAUGAAAUCUUCAAAAUGGAGCAGGAUGCCCAGGGCAGAUACUUGCUGUACAAUGGCCAGAGACCAAGCGAUGGGUCCAGCCCUGACCGACCAGAGAAGAGAGCCACUUCCUACCAGAUGCCUUUAAUUCAGUGUGCUUCAUCAGUACCCAGAUCUGAAGAGUCACCAGAGGAGAAUAAAAUAAGGCUGUAUAGCAACAGGGCACCGGAAAAACAUCCCAGCACCCCAGCUUUUGCUUUGGUGUUGUUUAUUUGUACUGUGUCAUAUUGGGACAUUCUCAGCUAGAAGUGAAAAAAACCCUUAUUUUUCAUGACUACAAAGCCAGGAUUCCACCCGACUGGGGGUUGUUUUUCUUUUGAAAGAAAGGGACAUUUAUUUUCUUGAUGCACUUGAAUGCCUGAGAACUGUUGUUCUUUUCCUUAUUUCCCCCUCCUCCUCGAAUCCCAAACAGCACUCGUUUGAUGUUUGUGCUUUGAACUUCAUCCAGUCUGAUCCCUGGCCUGACAUGACUGCACAAAAGUAAUUGCACUUUAGGACUGCAGACUUUUGGGGGGAGGGAGGGGGUCUCCUUUUAUUAUUAUUUUUUAAAUACUGGGGUGAACGUUAUGAUACUGCUUCAGUUGUUUCUGCCAUCUUACCAUUGUGGUACUCUUCUCCCCAACAUCCAGUUUCUCAUCAGAAUUUAGCUCUAGGGAAGGGCUUGGUGUCAUGCUAGUACUGUGAUAGUGACUUCCCCCUCUGACUUCACAGCUCUGAUGUAGAUAUGUAUAUAAGGAGGAAACCCACAAAGAUUUAUCUUGUCAUUAUCUCACAGCUCAUAACACGAAAAGAAACAGCAAAUCAACAACCCUCCAUUCAGAUAGUGCUAAAUUAAAAAAAAUAUCCCAAGUAAUUUAAGCUAUUUUUACAAUUAUUAAGUUGUAAAAAUAACUAGUUGUUUAAUAUUUUCUCCUUCCACGUCCUUAGCUAUGUAAUUACUUUGAGGUCUCCCUUUGUACCUAGUGAGUAUUUACAACCAAGCCCCCUUAAAGCCAAAGAGAAGCAGCAUGUUUUCUGUCAGAUGCACACCCUGCAGGUAAGCUGCCGAUACAAGGCUGCAGGGACGACUUCUGUUUUCAUAUUCCUGAGGCCUUACAUACUCGGCAUGCAAGAUUUGUGCCUUGGAUUUUUCGUCAGACAGGUGGACAAAGUAAAGAAGCAAGUAGGGUCUAACAUGUUCUCAGCCCUAUUUAGCAGCGUAUUUUUAGUAGGAACAAGCAGAGGAAUUCAGCAGCAAGCACACCGUGGCCCCUAGCAGAGCAAGACAGCAGCUGGAAACAGACCUCCAUCCAUCUGAUGGAGGGAGACUAGCCCUGUCUUACCAGAGGGAGAAGCAAGAGUUGCACAAAUGCAGCCACAUCUUCCCUUUUAUCCUUGCUGGACUGUCCCAAAAAAUACCAUGUUUCAUGGAGCUUAAAUCAGCAUUGGCUGGAGGAGACACUGCUGGGACAGUGGAUAGGCACAGCCCUCAGAGAGCAUUAUUCAACAAGAGCAUGCCCUGGAAGCCCUUAGGUUUCUCCCCGUGGCAAAUACAUCCUUGGGUGCACUGACGUGAAGCAGAGCAGACGCUGGAGGCAGCAGAGGAGAUAUUUAAGGCGAGCAAGGAGGUACAUUGAUGAACCAUGCUCCCCUGCUUUAGUGGGAAGCGAGCUGAGGGCAUGGCUUAACCUUGUGACAUUUGGGCUGUGGCUUUCACUGAUAUAUGCAUGUGUUUUGGCUCACAGGAGGAACAGAAACCUGAAUAAAAAACAAAUGAGUAAAGUCAUAGCAUAUCUUCAUCAGUAUCAGCAGCUUCUAGCUGCCCAGUCCAGUACUAUGUGAGAAAAAAAAAACUUUAACAUGUUAUUUCCAGCAUCACAGGAAAACUGUAUCUUGGAUGGAGGUCUUUCAGCUUUACAUAAGUGAGCCUCCAUACUGUGUGCUAUAGCAAAAACAUGAUUUGAAAAUACAGUGACAGCAGGGACCUUGGUAGCAAAAGCAGCAGGGAAAAAGCCAUUCAAGCAGCAAAUGCCUAUGUUCAGGCUCCCUACCUCUUCAAAGUCCAUGCCUUCUUAACAGUUUUUCCAAGCUGGUAUUAGCCUCGGAUGUUAAUUUUAUCAGAGUUGCAACAAAAUUGCUUCACCUGGUUUUGAGACAGCAGGAGGAACAGUAUCAUAGGCUCACUGCCAGGUCAGAUCACAUCUUCCUCAUUUUUCCCUCAAGACAGAUGAAGAAUCACAGAAAACUCAUUAAGUCAGGAACAGAGCUUAGAACGGCUCAGUAAUCACCAAAGUGUUUAUCCAUCCAUCUGAUAUCAGAUCCUCCUUCAGCCUGCUGGAAGGAGCUGAAAGCCAACCCACCAUGAUGAUCAAGCCUUACGAACAACAGCUGCUCUGGUCAGCAUUUCUUGAUGGUUUUCUGCUCCACACAGUCAAGCCUACUUGAAGAGUCAGUUCUGGAUCAGUUGCUGGUAGGGAAGCAUUAGGAGCAGAGUUUUAACUAAAGGGUCAAGGAGGAGACACAAUGCCUCUGAAAGAGACACUAGAAACCAGGAUGGAGUUUGGUUUUCUCUAGCUAAACUUGAGUUUUGUAUUCGGUAGACUGAGACCAGCGUAUCUCCAACCAAGUUAAUAGCUUCGUUUCUAACUUCUGUUUGAGCCCUAGUGGCAUGAGUGAAUUCACAUCAGUUUUUAUUCCUGAGGAUGGGUAUGGCAACAGUUUCAAGAGAAGGACCUGCCUAGUUCUUACCUCUAUAAAGCACAUUCAUGGCUCAGCUGUUUUGACUCACAAAGUUACACUAAAUGCAAACAUAACUCAAUGUACAAACUGGACAAGAACUGCUUCCCCCCCCCCGGCUUCUAGAGAUAGUUAAAAAGGAAGUAUUUGAAAAAGGCCUUCAUAAUGCAUUACAAAAAAUCUGACUGAGGACUCCUCUAGUUAGUUUAUAGUGUUGACCAGAAAUGCUGAUCAACCCAGUUGAUCUGGGUUCUUAGCAUAUGCUGCACCAGGUUCCCUCCAUGUGCCUAAUUUUUUUUUCUUUAUUUUUCUAUUAGCCAAUACAAGUCAAGUUGGAAAAGAUUUAAGUCUUGAGAGUGCAUAGUUUAUUUGCCAGUCCAUGUUCUCUGCAAGGCUUCUCCUCCAUUACAGGCAUAGAACUAGGAGUUAAGCUUCCUUGAUCUUUUGGUUUCACCACACACUAAAUUAACUGCAGCACAGCACUGCAUACAUUUGUGAUACAAUAUAUUCCAUUCAUUUUAUUUCUCCAACCUGACCUCAUGCGCUGGCAGCCCCGGCUGCUAAAGAAGUUAAACCUCAAAUGGUUUAGCAGUGGAAGACCUACAAACUGAGUGAUCUGUCCAUACCAAAAUGCAGGAGCUUUAGAAAAAUGAAACAAUUAAUGUUGGUACCUUCAAUAACUACCAGCGUGGCCAGGACAGGGGAAGGUUUUUCCCUCAGUAAUAUCCUACUCAAGAAGCCACUUGACAGAAAAAAUGGUAACCUGCAGUAGUUCUUGGGCAAAUUGUUUUAACCGGUUCUACUUAAGAAAUAGGCCAAAAGGGAUCAGAAAAAUCAAAACAAGUGUUCUUGCUCUAUUUCUAUACCGUUUACAUACUGUGCCUGCUGCCCAAGGGUAAAUGUCAUUUCUACAAAGAGAAGUCUGUAUUUUAAGAUAUAACGUCUGUCUUGCUUGAGUUGGAGUGUGCUUGCUUAAAGUGCAGGAUUUUUUUUUAAAAAAAAAAAAACUUUUUAUUUUUGUAAAGUUACAGAAGAUAUUUUUCUUCUCAUCUAUGUUCCAGAUUAAACUGCCUGGGAAGUUUAAGCACUUGGUGAACUAUUGAUUGAAAUAAAAAAGCCUAACUGAAAAA